AUGUUUGCAUAUACUUACUUCCUUCUUUUAGUUUAUUACUUUGACUACUCUUAGGAUUAUUAUUUAUUUUCCUUUCUAUAAGUAUCGUCAUUUUAUUUAGAUAAUAAUGCUCUAUAGAUAAACUAUUAUUGGAUUCUAUAUGCUUUAUUAGUGGCUUAUUAGAUUAAAUAUUCAUGUCAUUUAACAUAUUAAAGUAUCUUAAGGAUGGUAUAUCUUAAUGACGAUUCUAGCAACUAUUAUAGACUCAAAGUAAAGAAAUUAUGUGGAAUUUAAGGUUAGAAAAUAAGAAAAAGAAAAAGAUGAAUUAGUUGAUGAUUUCUUUGGUUGA